AUCGAUAUCCGGGGCUCCUGCUCCAUAUAUGCCCAAACCUCCAAUCGGAUCUCCUAUUCAAAUCUAGAAGGUACCAGAACGAACACCUUCGUCCCCAACCCCAAACCCUAACUCGUCAUUUGUGCCACAAAGUUUGCAUUCGUUGAUCCUCAUUAUCUUCUCCUCAACAACAACAAAGAAUCAGAACUUAUGGCGCAUAGGGUGUUAAGAGAUCAUGAAGCGGAUGGUUGGGAACGGUCUGACUUUCCGAUUAUAUGCGAAUCAUGCUUAGGUGACAAUCCGUACAUUCGAAUGACAAAAGAGAACUAUGGUGCGGAGUGUAAGAUCUGCACCAGGCCGUUUACGGUGUUCAUGUGGAGACCAGGUCGUGAUGCAAGAUACAAGAAAACUGAGAUUUGCCAAACUUGUAGCAAGUUGAAGAAUGUUUGUCAAGUGUGUGUUUUGGAUCUUGAGUAUGGGUUACCGGUCCAGGUUCGUGAUACUGCACUUAGUAUCAGCUCACAUGAUUCCAUUCCGAAGAGUGAUGUCAACCGGGAAUACUUCGCAGAGGAACAUGAUCGCAGGGCAAGGGCUGGUCUAGAUUAUGAAUCUUCAUAUGGUAAGGUCCGCCCUAAUGACACGCUUUUGAAGCUUCAAAGAACAACACCAUACUACCAGAGAAACCGAGCACAUAUUUGUAGUUUUUACAUCAGAGGCGAAUGUACAAGAGGUGCUGAAUGCCCGUACAGACAUGAAAUGCCCGUCACUGGAGAGCUAUCUCAGCAGAAUAUCAAAGAUCGUUAUUAUGGAAUUAAUGAUCCGGUGGCAUUGAAACUUUUAAACAAAGCUGGUGAUAUGCCCGCUUUAGAACCACCAGAUGAUGAAAGUAUCAGAACAUUGUAUGUCGGAGGGCUUGAUGCGAGAAUUUCCGAGCAGGAUCUUAGAGACGAGUUUUACUCACACGGUGAAAUCGAGUCGAUAAAGAUGGUGGUCCAAAAGGCUUGUGCGUUUGUUACUUACACGACUAGAGAAGGGGCAGAGAAGGCAGCUGAAGAACUCUCGAAUAAGCUCGUGGUUAAAGGUCUUAGGUUAAAACUGAUGUGGGGCCGACCACAAGUGGCGAAAGAUGGUGAAACGGGUUCGUCGGUUGCUCAUGGCGGUUUAUUGCCUAGGGCCGUUAUAUCGCACCAGCAGUAUCAGGAUGUUCCGCCACCGGGGACCUCGACCAGUCAGGAGCAGCAACCACUGCCACCACACAUGCAGUAUUUUAACAUUCCGCUGCCACCGCCUCAGCAUGAGAGGACGUUUUAUCCGUCUAUGGAUCCUCAGAGGAUGGGAGCGAUGAUCCCAAACCAGGCAGGCGGUGGUUCAGGUGGUUCGGAGCAGCCCCCGCAAGGUGAUUCGGGUCUGCAGUAUUCUGCUUACCCACCACCACCACUGCCACCUCAAGGCGGUGAUCAAUACUAUCAAUACUAUCAACAGUAUUAUGCGCCACCGCCUCCUGAACAAUCAUAUCAACAAUACCCUCCACCAGCUUACCCCUCCACAGUGCCUCCAACGGGACCCACCGAUGAGGAAGUGUAGUAGCAGAAACCGACACCCUUACCCUUCAACGCAGCUGGGUUGUUGUCAUCAUUGAUGCGUUGAGAGAAAAAAAACCGGGUUUUGUUUUUAUUUGUAAAACAGUUGAUGUCAUGUGACUUCUUUUAUUUUGCUUUAACGAAUUGGUUUCUUCUAUCUUUCAUUACAAUGUCUUCUUGUGUGUGUCA